AUGUUCGAUUUGAAAACCGAUGCUGGCUUGGCAUCGUUUGAUGAGCACCUAAAGGAUUUUCCAUAUGCCACAGGGUAUACACCAUCCGGUGAAGAUGUGGCACUUUUCCGUCAUUUUGGCUCCGCGCCAAAUGCCAAAUAUGCGAAUAUUUCACGCUGGUUUAGAAAUAUUGGAAGUUAUGGUGACAACGAACGAAAAGGGUAA